AUGGCCUCCACAGCUGAACCAUCUCCUUAUAGUAGUUCAAGGAGAAGAGAUGACUCAGAGUUCAAUUUGAGAGAAUGGACAUUGAAAGCUCGAAUCAGUCGUGAGAACACCAAUUCCAGAAGGUACUCAGGAUCUUACAUGAGGAGCUUUAGAGAAGACACAAGGUCUUUUAGAUCAAACAUAACCAUUUCUAGCACUGCUUCUUCACCUGGAUACCCCUUAAAAGAUGAAAUAGACCCUUCAACAUACUCUUUCACUACUGCUCUUAAAGCAUUACAAGCAAGGGCAGGCUUUAACAGUUGGGAGUGCUUAUCCCCAGAUGGGUUUGCUUUAAAUUCAAAGUGGAAUGAAGCAGAAAGGUAUAUAUGCAACCCUCUCUCAGGGGAGGUACCAAUGGAGUGUUUAUCUGCAAAAACUCUUAGUGGAAGAUCGUUUAGAAAUUCAACAAACAGAAUUACCAUGUCUGCUCCUCUAGUUUAUUCUUCAAGACAAAUUCAAACAAAGCCAUCAACCUACACACAAGAAGUUGUGGCUCUUCAACUUCCCAUUUCAGAAAAGAAGAAAGAGGGAAUGACAAGAGAUGUGGGGACUCAAAGCACACCUCCUUAUCUUAGUUCAAGCAGCCCCAGCCCUGCUUCAACUCCAUCCAUCAUAGAGAGAUCAAAAAAUCGAGCUGCAGACUCACCUAAUUCAAAUGCCAAAACAAAAUCUGAGGAAGAGGUUGAAGUGAAAGAUAAAGAAACAUGGGAGACAAAAGAAACAGAAAGAGAAAAGAAUGAGUGGAGGAGGGAAAAGGAGCAACUUUGUAAGCAAGGUGGGUGCUUUUCAUGGAUAUUGAAGAAGAAAAAGAAAGGACAACAUUUGCUUGAUAAAAUUGUUAUAGCCGCCUUUGUGCACUUGAAAUUCAACAUUCCAUUCUUCUCCUUUGCUCUCUUGAUCAUCAUCCCCAUGCGUUUGCUCCUGUUUCACCUUCCUGUUCUUAUUUGCAAUCUUCGCUUAUCUCCGAAAGAUCUAUGUUAUCCUCGUCAUUGUGUUGCAAAAGGAUCGCUCCGAAAGAUCUUGUUUAAUUUGCGCAGUCGUUACGUUCCAUUUGCAAUUGGCAGCAUGCAUGGUUCUUGCCUUGGAGGGUUAAUCAUGCUAUAG